UUACAGGAAGCGCUGCCGGUGUCCGCCAGGUGGCUCUUUCUAUUAAAAUGGCAGCGCCCAUUCUGAGGAAAUUCAGCCGUACAACAGCGAUAAUCAACAAUCAUCAACGCAGUUUUCAUCUGGCUAUAAAAACAAUGGGUGCAUAUGAUGCAGAAUUCAACAAGGCGAAAGAACGGCUGAAUAGUUUGAAAGAAGACCCUGGAAAUGAAGCGAAACUGAAGAUUUAUGCAUUGUUUAAACAGGCAACUGUGGGAAAAUGUAAUGUUCCUAAACCAGGAAUGAUGGAUAUUGUUGGCAAGUACAAGUGGAAUGCCUGGAAUGAUUUAGGAGAUAUAUCUCAGGAUGAGGCUCAGAAGCAGUAUAUAGAGUUAGUGGAUACAUUGGCUGGAGCAGAGACCAAAGAAUCAUCCGGGGCUCAGUCAGGCACAGACCAGAAGUUUGAAACCCUGGCUGUGUCUUGUGCUGAUGGUAUAUACAGUAUUACACUCAAUAGACCAAGCAAGAAAAAUGCCAUCACUGUUCAGAUGUAUGAAGAGCUGAUUUUGGCAUUGAAAGAAGCUGGUGCUGAUAGUUCUGUUGUCAUAGCAACUGUCACAGGAGCUGGUGAUUUUUACUGUAGUGGGAAUGAUUUGAGUAACUUUAUGAACAUCCCUCCAGAAGGUAUUGGUGCCAUGGCUGUGAAAGGCGGAGAACUUCUGGAGCGUUUUGUAUCUGCAUUUAUAGACUUCCCGAAACCAUUGAUUGGCCUAGUGAAUGGGCCUGCUGUUGGUGUAUCAGUGACAGUACUAGGUCUGUUUGAUGCGGUAUAUGCAAGUGACAGAGCUUCAUUCCACACACCGUUUUCCCAGUUAGGCCAGUCACCAGAGGGAUGUUCCUCUUACACGUUCCCUAAACUCAUGGGUGCUGCCAAAGCAAGUGAGAUGUUACUGUUCAACAAGAAGAUCUCAGCAGCCGAGGCCUUCAACAGGAACCUAGUCACCCAGGUUAUACCUGAUGAUGUAUUUACAAAGGAAACUAGUGCUAAAGUUCAGGCUAUUGCUAAAUUGCCAAAGGAGAGUAUGAGUUUUUCAAAAGUAUUAAUUCGUGAUGCCGAGCGAGAGAAGCUGCACAGUGUAAACAAGGAGGAAUGCAGAGUGCUUGUUGGUAGAUGGCAGUCCAAUGAAUGUAUGACUGCAAUAAUGAACUUCUUCCAGCAGAAAGCUUCAUCAAAGUUAUAAUAGACUGUGAUUUAAGAACAAUCUUUUGUUAUGACUCAUCGCAUUAAAAGGGGCCAUCUUCCAAAGAUAACAUCCUGUUGAAAAAUAAAGAUUUUUGAGAUAAUUCCAACAUUUAGCAGGUGAUGUACGAGGUAACAUGAGGACAGGUUGGAUGGCGAGUAAAAUACUGGUUUGAUGUCGUUUUGGGUUUUUAGCUCUCCUGGUAAGCCAUUCAAGCUGUUGUAAAAACAAAACAAAAAAUGGAGAGAGAAAAAUACGAAACCAAAACAUCUAGCUGUAUCAAACGUACUUUACACUGCAUCCAAGUAUUCUCAUGUUACCUUAUACAGCCCCUGUGAUUUUGACUUAAAAUAACUGGAAACAGUAUAAAAAUAUGGAUGAUUAUUAUUAUGGGGAACAUUUUAAAACACAAAUUGGAAGAUAUGGUCCUUAUUGAUGCGAUGGGUCACAAUUUUUAUGUGAUAUUAGUGUGAUUUUUUAUGCCAGAAAGUUGUAAGAAUAGAUUAGCAUACAAUGAAAAGAUUAGAUGUACAUAUCUUGUAUAUACAUGAUUACUUAUAAUUGACAGUGUUUAAGUGUUAUGACCAUUAUUUGCAGCUAAACU